AUGCAAACCCAAGUCGAGUUUGUGCCGAUCGAUGCCACUUGUAUUGAUUCAACCACUCGGAUCGGAUGUAUCGCAACAGUUGCGCGGUCGCUAGCAACGCAAGGCACGGUCGGAGCAAGGGAAAAGGGGGAACUCGUGGCGGGAGAGCAGGCAGGCUCGACGCAUCGUGUGGCGCGCACUGUAAAAUGGAGGAGGCGGGUUCUGAAGCUGAAGCCUCCGAUGCUCGUUGCCAACGCACAAGUCGAUUGUGCGGGGAAGAAUCGCGGGCACAAGCUGAAGGGCUUCAGGAGAAUGGUGGAGUCGACGGCCGAUCUCGCCGUCCGGAGGUAUGGUGGAAAUUACGGCGGCGUAGCAGGGCCGGGGAGACAAUGA